UCCCCGGCGAAACCUCGGCUGGUUGGAUUGCAGCCUCUGUAAUAACCUCGCUUCCCUCUCUCAGUUCCCCUCUCACCCUCCAUCAUGGCUCCGCCUAAAGGUAAAGACAGGAAUUUGGCUGACCUGAAGAAGGAGUUGGAGGUUGAUGAUCACAAGAUAACUUUAGAAGAACUAUACAGGAGAAACAAUGUAAACCCCGAAACUGGUCUUACUUCCUCCCAAGCAAAGGCAAACCAGGAAAAGUAUGGAUUGAAUUGUCUCACCCCGCCUCCCACAACCCCAGAAUGGAUCAAGUUCCUGAAAGCGCUGUUUGGAGGGUUUGCCAUGCUUCUUUGGUUGGGAGCUUUCCUCUGCUUUCUGGCAUAUGCAAUCCAAGCUUCAACUCUAGAGGAACCUCCAGAUGAUAACUUGUACCUUGGUAUCGUACUUUCUGUUGUUGUGAUAGUGACUGGUAUUUUUUCCUACUAUCAGGAGUCUAAGUCAUCAAAAAUUAUGGAGUCCUUCGCUAACCUUGUUCCUCAGUACGCACUUUGUCUGAGAGAUGGAGAAAAACUCACAAUGAAAGCCGAAGAACUAACCAUUGGAGAUAUUGUCGAAGUAAAGUUUGGAGAUCGGAUACCGGCAGAUCUCAGAGUAUUAGAAUCAAAGGGUUUCAAGGUUGAUAACUCAUCUCUGACUGGAGAAUCUGAACCACAGUCCAGGGGCCCUGAGUUUACUCACGAGAAUCCAUUGGAGACAAAGAACCUUGCAUUCUUUUCUACAAAUGCAGUUGAAGGAACUUGCAGAGGUAUGGUAAUCAGCAUCGGAGAUAACACCGUAAUGGGACGUAUUGCUGGUCUGGCAUCCGGGCUAGAUAUGGGGGACACUCCAAUUGCUAAGGAAAUUGCCCAUUUUAUUCAUAUCAUCACAGGUGUUGCAGUCUUCCUCGGAGUAACUUUCUUCAUCAUUGCCUUCAUCCUUGGAUACCACUGGUUGGACGCAGUUAUCUUUUUGAUUGGUAUUAUUGUAGCUAAUGUACCUGAAGGUCUUCUUGCCACUGUUACAGUGUGUUUAACCCUGACUGCCAAGAGAAUGGCCUCCAAGAAUUGCCUGGUAAAGAAUCUCGAGGCUGUUGAGACCCUUGGAUCUACCUCAACUAUCUGUUCUGAUAAGACUGGAACUCUUACUCAGAACCGAAUGACGGUUGCUCAUAUGUGGUUUGACAAUCAAAUUGUUGAGGCUGAUACUUCUGAGGAUCAGUCAGGAUCCGGGUUCGACAAAUCUUCUAAUGGAUGGAAAAUCUUGGAGAGAUGUGCAAUCCUCUGUAACAGAUCUGAGUUCAAGCCUGGUCAGGAAAGCAUUCCUAUCCUCAAAAGAGAAGUAAACGGUGAUGCUUCUGAGGCAGCUUUAUUAAAAUGUACUGAACUUUCAUGCGGGAACGUAAUGGAUUACAGGAGGAGGCACAAAAAAAUCCAGGAGAUUCCAUUCAACUCCACCAACAAGUUUCAGGUAUCCAUUCAUGAAACUCCAGAUGAGAAGGAUCCUAGUUAUCUGAUGGUUAUGAAAGGAGCUCCUGAGAGGAUUCUUGAUAGAUGUUCCACAAUCAUUGUGAACGGAGAGGAAAAGAUUCUGGAUCAGGAGUGGAAAGAUCUGUUUAAUACUGCCUACAUGGAGCUGGGAGGCCUGGGAGAACGAGUCCUGGGAUUUUGCGAUUUGAUGCUGCCUACUGAUAAGUAUCCAGAAGGGUAUCCCUUUGAUGGAGACGAUGUCAAUUUUCCAUUGGAAGGUUUGAGGUUUGUGGGAAUCAUGUCUAUGAUUGAUCCUCCAAGAGCUGCUGUACCUGAUGCUGUAAACAAAUGCAGAUCUGCUGGCAUCAAAGUCAUAAUGGUUACUGGUGAUCAUCCAAUAACCGCAAAGGCAAUUGCAAAGUCUGUUGGAAUCAUAUCAGAGGGAAAUGAGACAAUUGAAGAUAUUGCUAGCAGGCUUAACAUACCUGUGGAGGAAGUGAACCCAAGAGAUGCUAGAGCUGCUGUAAUUCAUGGCGGAGAGUUGAAAGAUCUAAAUGAUGAACAGCUUGAUGAGAUUCUAAUACAUCAUACUGAAAUCGUUUUUGCCCGAACUUCCCCCCAGCAGAAAUUGAUUAUUGUUGAAGGAUGUCAAAGAAUGGGAGCCAUCGUAGCUGUUACUGGUGAUGGAGUUAAUGACUCACCAGCUUUAAAGAAGGCUGAUAUUGGAGUUGCUAUGGGAAUAGCUGGAUCUGAUGUUUCCAAACAAGCUGCUGACAUGAUACUUUUGGAUGAUAACUUUGCUUCUAUUGUAACAGGAGUGGAAGAGGGUCGACUUAUCUUUGAUAACCUGAAGAAAUCGAUUGCUUAUACGCUGACUUCUAAUAUACCUGAAAUAUCUCCAUUUCUUCUUUUCAUUCUUGCUGACAUUCCCUUACCACUUGGAACUGUAACAAUUUUAUGUAUUGACCUGGGAACAGACAUGUUGCCUGCUAUCUCUAUGGCCUACGAAGAAGCGGAAUCUGACAUCAUGAAGAGGAUGCCUAGAAACCCGUUUACGGAUAAACUUGUCAACGAGAGGUUAAUUUCUGUUGCGUACGGAAUGAUUGGAAUGAUCCAGGCGUCAGCUGGAUUCUUCGUAUACUUUGUCAUUCUUGCCGAGAAUGGAUUCCUACCCCAGUAUCUGUUUGGGCUGAGAAGAGCCUGGGACUCUAAGGCUGUGAAUGAUCUAAAAGACUCCUAUGGUCAGGAGUGGACCUACAGAGACAGGAAGCGACUGGAAUAUACAUGUCACACAGCCUUCUUUGUUUCUAUUGUUGUGGUUCAAUGGGCUGAUCUAAUCAUCUGUAAAACAAGAAAAAAUUCUGUGUUCCAGCAGGGAAUGACAAACAUGGUGAUGAACUUUGGUCUUGUCUUCGAGACCCUACUGGCAGCCUUCUUGUCAUACACCCCUGGCAUGGACAAGGGUUUAAAGAUGUAUCCGCUAAAGAUUAACUGGUGGUUCCCUGCUCUACCCUUCUCUGCACUCAUCUUUAUCUUCGAUGAGGUUCGAAAGUAUCUUCUCCGACAGAACCCUGGAGGAUGGGUAGAGAGAGAAACAUAUUAUUAAACUUGACUUUGUUUAUGUCGACAUUUAAUUGUAGUUAAUUAUUCAUAGAAAUAUAGUUAUGUAUGCACA